AUGUACCUCCAAGGUAACAAUGAAACUUGCAUUGCUGAUGUCUGCAAAGGGAAUGAAUUUCAUUGUGAGAAAGACAAGAAAUGUAUACCUGCAGCAUCCAGGUGUAAUGGAGUUCCAGACUGCCCAGGAGGAGACGAUGAGAGAAACUGUGAUCAGUGCAGGGAUUAUGAAUUCAGAUGUGACAAUGGCCAGUGCAUAUCAUUUGAAAUGAAAUGUGAUGGUACGAAGCAGUGUCAAGAUGGGUCAGAUGAAAGGCACUGUGAAAGAACAGCUUGCUCGCCAGAUGAGUUUGAAUGUAUGAAUGGUGGGUGCAUAGACAGACAUAUGCGCUGUGAUGCUCGGAGUGAUUGUGAGGACAGUUCUGAUGAAGAAAACUGUGCUGCAGUGACCUGCCAAGACGAGGAAUACAGGUGUGAAGUAGGUACUUGCAUUCCUGCCUCGUGGGAAUGUGACAGUGAAGUAAACUGCCCAGAUGGCUCUGAUGAACAUGACCAGUGUCGUGAGUAUAUUGUUGGUUUGGUGGAGUUAAAGGUGACUGCCAAACUGAAAUGCAUAACAAUUCCUACUUUGCAGCUCCUCCUACUUGUGGACCACAGGAAUUCAUGUGUAGCAAUGGGAAUUGCAUAUACGUGUGAUGGCAAUGCAGACUGUCCAAAGGCAGAAGAUGAGAGAGGAUGUGGGUGUGAUCCUCAAGAAUUUGAGUGCAAGAAUGGAAAAUGUAUUGCUUCUUCUUGGGUCUGUGACACAACGAAUGACUGUGGUGAUGGAUCUGAUGAAGACCCAGAUAGAUGUACCAGCAAGAAAGGAGAAAAGAAGUGUGCUGGUUUUGCAUGUGCAUCUGGCAAAUGCCUGGAGGUUAAGCAACUAUGUGAUGGCACUAAAGAUUGUGAAGAUGGAUCUGAUGAGGGAGGAAAGUGUGGAUCUGCUUGCAAGGGUAGCCCUUGUGAUGGUGGCUGUCAACCCACACCAGCUGGACCCCAGUGCUACUGUGAUGAAGGCUAUGAGCUUCAAUCUGAUGGGAGAAGCUGCCAUGAUAUCAAUGAAUGCCUGCAGCAUGUGUGUUCACAGGUGUGCUUGAAUGUGCCUGGCAGUUUCAGGUGUGCCUGCAUGCCAGAGUACUCACUGAAGUUAGACAGAAUAUCCUGCAAGGCCAAAGGUCGUCCUAUGGAAUAUGUGUUCAUUGUUGGCGAAAGUGAAAUACGCAUAGCUUCACAAUCAUUCAGCCAUGUUGAUGUUGUACACAGACAUACAUCCCUCAAAGUAACAGGCCUGGAUGUUGAUGCCAGAGAGGACUUAGUUUACUGGAGUGCUCGUGACACGAACACUAUUUACUCUCUCUCAUUAAAGACACGCAACAAGACUUCAGUAACCGGACUAGGAAAACCAACAGAAAUAGCUAUAGACUGGCUGACAAAGAAUGUUUAUUAUGUAAAUGAAUUGUUUGUAUGCAGUUUUGCUGACAAGUUAUGUGCCAAGGUGAUAACUGGAGAGCACAACACUGAAAUAAGGAACUUGGUGGUUGACCCACCUUCAGGCCUCUUGUUUUGGACUGAGACCAGUAUGUUCACAUUUGGCACUCCAUCAAAUGCCAUACUGAAUGCAGAAAUGUCUGGAGCAAACAAGCAAAGGGUGAUAAAAUCAAUCCUGGGAUAUGUUAGUGGCCUGGCCGUGGACCCGAUAAAGAGGAGACUUUACUGGGCAGAACAGUUGUCUCAUGUUAUAGAAGCAGUUGACUACAGUGGUGAAAACAGGCAGCAGCUCUUCAGGAAACAGGUGGAAAACCCUACUUGCCUUGUGCUGUUUGAGGAUAACUUAUACUGGCUGACCUCAGGAUCUGGUGUGCUAACAAGAUGUCGGAUUUUUGGAGUGCUUCCCACAUGUGAAAAGAUUCACAUCCAUGCAUCUGAUGCUGACUACUUCACAAUUGUCCAAGAGACACGACAUAACCCCUGCAAAGGACACAGCUGCUCAUAUUUGUGUGUGCUGUCACCACGUGGUGCAGAAUGCCUAUGCCCAGAUGGUAGUGUGGUUGAUGCAAACACUCCCUGUAAAAGGAAGGACAAUCCUCCCAAUAUGGGUUUUAAUGAUGGUCAACAUAAAACUCUUGCAAAGGCAAAACCAAAUACAGCAGAAGGCAACUGGUCACUUGCAGCAGUUCUCACUGUAACUUUCUUGAUCCUUGCAAUAAUAGGAGUUGCAUACUAUUUGUACAAGAGGCAAAUGGUUAACCUGAAGAAACUGGAUGUUAGUGUUCAUUUCCGGAACCCAGGAUUUGGAUUCCAGAGCACUCCAGGCCCAAAAACUUCAGCAGCAGCAGCAGCUCUAAAGCCUGGAGAACAUGAAUAUGUGAAUCCACUCCAAAUGCCUAAAGAGACAGAGCAGCUUGAAAUCCUCUCUCAGGGCCCUGACUUCGUCCGCGACGCUCGCUGCGGAUGUAAAGUCAGUGCUGGGAGAGGAUGCUGGCUCCUGCGCUCGAACGGCUGCUGGCUCGUGGCCAAGGCGCUCCCUCCGCCGUCCGCGCCGGCGGCCGACCCUGGCUGGCGCUGGGUGCUCUCUCGGCGGUCCGCGCCCGCGUACGGCUACCGCCGCUGGCGCAGGCUCUGGCUGGUGCUCUCUCGGCGGUCCGCGCCCGCGCACGGCUACCGCCGCUGGCGGAGGCUCAGGCUGGCGAGACGCAUUCCGAGUUAG